AUGGAGAUUGAGGAACAAGAGCUCGAGUUCUUCAAAGAACAAACCAGACUUCCAGAUUUUGCAGUUCCUAAACGUUAUGAUCUCACACUAAAACUUGAUCUUUUGGGUUGUAGUUUUUCUGGGAUUGUACUAACUGAUAUUGCCAUCAAUAAAGCCACACAAUUCCUCAUCUUGAAUGCACUUGAACUUGUCAUUCAUCAAGUCUCCUUCACCAACUCUCAAUCCCAAAAAUAUGUUCCAUCAGAUAUUGUGGUCGACGACCAAGCCGAGAUAGUUGUGCUGGUGUUUGAUGAUGUAUUGAAUGUGGGAAAUGGAGAACUGGAGAUCGGAUUUUCAGGGGUUCUUAAUGAACACUCUAUGGGCUUCUAUAGAUGUACUUACAUGGAUGAAGGAGAGAAGAAAAAUAUGGCUGCGACUCAAUUUGAGGCAGUGGAUGCGCGCAGGUGCUUUCCAUGCUGGGAUGAACCUGCUCUAAAGGCUACCUUCAAGAUAACAUUAGAAAACGUUCCGUCGGAGUUGACGGCAUUGUCCAAUAUGCCUGUUUCCGUGGAAAAAUUUGAUGGGCACCUUAAGAGUGUUUAUUUUGAAGAAUCAAUAGUUAUGUCAACUUAUUUGGUGGCUGUUGUAGUUGGUUUGUAUGACUACAUUGAAGGCAUAACAGCUGAUGGAAUCAAGAUCCGAGUAUAUACUCCUAUAGGUAAAAGUGAGAUGGGGAAGUUUGCUCUAAAUAUAGCAAUGAAGACACUGGAGUUUUUUGAGAAUUACUUCUCAAUGCCUUAUUCUCUUCCAAAGCUGGAUGUGGUUUCAGUUCCUGUAUUUGCUGAUGCAGCCAUGGAGAAUUAUGGUUUGAUUACAUUUCGAGAAACUGAGCUGCUUCAAGAUGAAUUGCAUUCUGCAGCAGCUAACAUACUAAGGCUUACGAUUGUUGUGGCACAUGAAGUUGCUCAUCACUGGUUUGGUAAUUUGGUCACAAUGGAAUGGUGGACUCAUCUAUGGCUUAAGGAGGGGAUUGCAACUUGGGUAAGCUAUUUAGUUACUGAUAAAUUAUUCCCUGAAUGGAAAAUUUGGAAUCGGUUUAUUCAAGAUAUGACAAGUGCUCUGCGUAUGGAUGCCUUGGAACAAUCUCAUCCAAUUGAGGUGGAAAUACACCAAGCUCGAUCAGUUCUUGAAUUUUUUGAUGCAAUAAGUUACAGAAAGGGCUCUUCUGUUAUUCGAAUGUUACAGGAUUAUCUUGGUGAUGAAAUAUUCCAGAAGUCUUUAGGCUUGUACAUGAAGAGAUAUGCAUUCGCGAAUGUCAAGACUGAAGACUUAUGGAAUGUUCUAACAGUGGUAUCUGGCGUUGAAGUUAACACAAUCAUGGAGACAUGGAUAAAGCAAAAAGGCUAUCCAGUUAUCUCAGUAGAGCUGAAAGAUCAUAUUUUAGAAUUUGAGCAGAAUCAAAUGAUAUCUUCUGGUUUGCAUUCUGAUAGUCAAUGGAUAGUCCCGAUGACCCUAUCCCUUGGUUCAUACAACAACCAAAAGAAGUUCCUUCUACGAACAAAAAAGGGGCAAUUGGAUGUAGUGGAAUUUUUCCAUUCUUCUGAUAUAAGUUCAAGCAGGCACAAACAGCAUAACGAGGAGAAUUUUGACAAUAAUUGGUGGAUCAAAAUAAAUGUACACCAGGCUGGUUUUUACAGGGUGAAGUAUGAUGAUAACCUGAUGGCUCGGUUAAAGAAAGCUAUACAGUGCAACUACUUAUCAGCUGCAGAUGAAUUUGGAAUUUUGGAUGACGCAUUUUCUCUUUGUGAGGCUUGUGAGAUGCCAUUUUCGUCUCUGCUUAUCCUGAUGGAUGUGUACAGGAAGACACUUGAUUACAUCAUGCUAUCAAGACUUACUGAUGUAUGCCGUACUGUUGUGAAAAUUAUAAGCGAUGCCAUUCCACAAUUGGUGUCUGAUUUGAAACAAUUCUGCAUCAACCUCCUCCUAUUAUCAGCAAAAAAACUAGGCUGGGAUUCCACAUCUGAAGAAAGCCAAUUAAAUGCACUGAUGAGGGAAGAGGUUCUGACGGCAUUGGCUAGUUUUGGCCAUCCUCAAACUCAUGAAGAAGCAAGGAAGCGGUUUCAUGCAUUUUUAGACGAUACGAAGACAUCACUUCUUCCUGUUAACACCAGAAAGGCUGCUUAUACAGCCAUAAUGAGGAAUGCAAGUACUGAGAAUAGGAAAGGAUUGGAUUGCCUCCUAAAGAUAUAUAGAGAAGUUGGAGAAGUGCAGGAAGAGACCAGGGUGUUACGCUGUAUAGCAUCUUCUCCAGACCCAAUUAUAGUUACAGAAGUUCUGAAUUUGAUGUUAUCUGAUGAGGUUCGACGUCAAGAUAUAGUUUACAUACUACCAGGGAUAAGCUGGGAAGGUCGUGCCACAGCAUGGUCAUGGUUUAAAGAAAACUGGGAUCAGAUCCUAAAAACAUGGGAACCUGAAAUGCUUCUGACUUAUUUCAUUAGAGACAUAAUCACACCACUUAGCAGCCAUGAGAUGGCAGACGAAGUGGAAGAAUUUUUCGCAGCCCACCCGGUUCCAUCAGUCGCCAUGAAUCUGAAACAAAGCCUGGAACUAGUAAGAAUCAAAGCAAGGUGGAUUGAAUACAUAAAGGAAGAGAAAGAAUCACUUAUAGAGGUGGUUAAAGGAUUAGCCUCCAAGAAAUGA